ACACUUUCCGUACCCACUGUAUGGGACAGGUGACCCCUGUGAGAAAAGAGAGGCUUUAGGAGCAUUGGGAAAGGGAGUUAUGUGACAAGUUAGCCUCAGAAGUGGGAUCCAUAGUUGUGAGGCCAUCCAUGGUCAGAUGGAAGGACUCUUGGGAACAGAGACACCUGUGAGAAAGGUGCUAUAAGAAGCAUUAGAUUUGGGAGUUUUGUGACAAAUUGGUGCCAGAAGGCCAGCUCUUUAGUUGGGAGGCCUUUUCAUGUUCGUGUUCAUAUCAUGUUUUCUUUUAUUCUCUCCAUACUCUGUUUGUGUCCACAUUUGUAUUAAGAGAUUUACAUACUUUUUACCAUGUUCAAUAAGGAGGUGAAUAUCUUUACGUGGGCAAGUAAGUGCAUUUCAUGAUGGUCAAUUGACUCGUUUUAAAACCCCGAAGCUUCUCAAAAGUACCACAAGAGGACACCGUAACUCUACUGAGCUAACUCGAAUCUCAAUGAACUGAAUAUCAGUGGCUGACAGUGUGUUUCGGAACUGGGCCUUCAGUGACCUUAUCCACCUCUUAAAAACACCAUCACCUCGCACAAUAAUGUGCAAGAAUGCUAUAGAACUAUGUGUGGCAUUAAAGAAGCCAUACGGUAGUUGCAUUUUCAUGUAUUUGAGGAUGAAUACCAUUAUUACUACAGCAAGAAACUUAUCUUCCAAUACAUCACCUCCAAACAACACCAAAAGCUUCAUUGAGGUUGUAGUCUAUACAUUACAUUAUAGCAGUUCACAAUCAACAACCGUUAGUUGACCAAGCCUCUUAAAGUCGAGUUUUUCUUGAAAAGUGCACCUGAAAAUAUUAUUUUAAUCAUGUCUGACAUCUUCCUCCCCUGUAAAAUCAAUCUUACCCGCUUCCAGUGAAGUUGGGACGUUGUGUAAAAUGUAAAUUAAGACAAUACAAUGAUUUUCAAAUCCUUUACAAAUUAUAUUCAAUUGAAUACACUACAAAGACAAGAUAUUUAAUGUUCAAACUGAUGAAUGUGUUUUUCUGCAAAUAUUCUCUCAUUUCGAAUGUGAUGCCUGCAACAUGUUCCCAAAACGGGACAGGGCCAACAAAAGACUGUGAAAGUUGAGGAAUGCUUAAAACCCACCUGUUUGGAACAUUCCACAGGUAAAUUGGGAAUUUGAAAGUCAUGGUUGGGUAUAAAUGGAGCAUCCCCGAAAGGCUCAGUUGUUCACAAGCAAGCAAUGGGUGAGGUUCCUCACUUUGUGAACAACUGCAUAAGCACACACUCCAACAGUUUAAGAACAACUUUUGUCAAUGUACAAUUGCAAGGAAUUGAGGGAUUUCAUCAUCUACGGUCAUAUGAAAAGAUUCUGAGAAUCUGGAUAAAUCUCUGCACUGACGCAGCAAGGCCGAAAACCAACAUUAAAUACUCAUGACCUUCGAGCUCUCAUGCGGCACUGUAUUAAAAACUGGCAUCAUUGUGUCAAGGAUAUUGUCUCGUUGGCUCAGGAACAAAAAUAAUCCCAAAAAGCCCCGGUUAUUCAAGAAUUUUUGGGGGUUUAAAAGAAAAAUGAUAUAUACAAUACAAUAAAAGGCCACUCUGAAAUGUGGAGUUUUAUCACACAGCACAAUGCCCCAGAUAUCGCAAGUUCUGAAGGAGCACAUUCCACAGGCCACAACAACUAUGCAAAGGAGAUGUGUUGGCAAAUGGUGGUCACACCAAAUACUGAAUGGUUUUCUGAUCCCCCAGACCCUCACAAUACAGCUAAAUUUCAGAGUGGCCUUUUAUUGUGUGUUUGUGUUUUCAUUUCAGAGUGGCCUUUUAUUGUGUCCAGCCUAAGGCACACCUGUGUGAUAAUGAUGCUGUCUAAUCAGCGUCUUGAUAUUAUCUCGACAAAGGAGAAAUGCGCACUAACACAGAUUUAGACAGAUUUGUGAACAAUAUUUGAGGGGAAAUGGCCUUCUGUGUAUGUAGAAUUUUUUUGUAAUCUUUGAGUCCAGCUCACGUAAAAUGGGAGCAAAAACAAAAGUGUUACAUUUAUAUUUUUGUCCAGUCCAUGUGUCGUCGUCGUCGUCCCCCCUCCCCCCCCCUCAAAAUCAAUUCAACAUUCGCACAUUUUUACUAUUCGCAGUUCGCCCCAGACACUGACCCCCGUGAAUAGCAGGAGUCCACUGAAUGCCCUGGACUGGUUCGAAUAAAAAAAAAAAAAAAUAUUAUUAAAAAAAUGAACUCAUGCUAUUCAGACUUUUAUGAGUUAAGUGAGCAGCCACAUUUCCAGUAGCUGUGACUUUUAUUGAUUAUUUGUAAAGGGCUUGUUCACCCACUGGCUGUAAAAUUAGGUUACAACUUACAAGCCUAGCAAGUUGUACCAGUGUCAGAAAGGUAGGUGCAAUGGUGUAGAAAGUCUGUAGACUUCUGUUGCUUUUUUUAACCACAGUGAGGCAAUCAUUAGGACUGUGCAGGCAUCCCUUGUGUGUGUGUGUGUGUGUGUGUGCGCGCGUGCGCGUGCCUGUGUGCAUGUAUGCGUGCGUCAGCUGGCCCGGCAAGUCAAGCGUUCUCCCGUUGCCGUUUCCUUGGACCUGACACGGGUGUGAAUUUCCAGAAGAUGAUGUAACAGCCUUGACGGAUGCACAAAGCUGAGCUCCGUUUCCAUAGCGACUCAUCAAACACUCAAGCUGUGUGUGUGCAUUAUAAUAUAAGAUCUGGAAAACCCUUAUCAAGACAAUCAAUACGAGGUAUGGUUCUGUGUGGGUUGUUGCAAAUUGAUUUUUGACCUUGUUACGAGUAACAUUUUCAAGUAAGAAAAACAUGCUUUUUCUUUAAUUGUGUCAUCAUCUCAAGAUUAAUUGACAAUAUGAUUGACAACAUAUCUGGAAAGCCCUUAUCAAGGCCUUGAAUAUAAGCCAUGGCUCUAUGUGGUUUGAUUUUUUUCCUUUGUGAACCUUUACCGAGGGCCAAUCGAAAAAGAGUCUUUUGAUACAUUUUGGUCAUCAUCAUAUUGCGCAGGUACCUGUACCUCAUAAAGUGGCCAUGGCGUGUCCACCAAAAUGUAGAGAUAAUGUGACCUUUGCACACAUCCCAAACAACAGUCCCUGCAAACGUGGUCUUGUCUGUCAUCUCCCCUUUAAAUCUGCUCCGCUAAGCCACAGUGGGAUUUGGAGCGAGGGCUAUACAUAGUAGAUCAUGAGGCAACAACCAUGUGAUAUAGAAAUUGUGAGCUCUAUUGAGAGAAACAUGGAAAAAUACACUUAACGUCCCCAUCGACUAGGGUUUCUGGGGAGUCCCUAUAAUGAUGAUUGAUGUUAAAACAUGUUCAAGUACUCAAUUCAUUGGAUUUUUUUUCUCUCAUUUGAACGCUUCAUUCACAAGAUCACAGCUUUUAUUAAACGUCCACUCAGAUUGCUGAAAUGUCAUUCCUAUGUUGCACACAGCCACUACGGGGGAUAUUGCAUGGAAUUUUGGAAGAUCAUCGCGCCUACUCAGCCAGUGUUUCCCAAACUUUGAGCAAAGACACCCAUUUUAGUUUUGUCUUGGGACUCCAAUUUCCUCCCACACCCAAAAAAAACAAACAUCCAUGUUGGGUAAAUAAAGAUUCUAUCAGGGGUGUCAAACUCAUUUUUGUUGCGGGCCACCUUGUAGGUACGGUUUCCCGGAGAGGGCCGUUAUGACUGCAAAACCAUAUAAAUGUUUCAUCACCUCAUCAUAGUAUUGCAUCACAAUGGACGGAUGAUGGAUAACUAGUUGAAAUCAGAAGUCAAGCAUAAUAGUUUGUUCAACCAUUGUUCAUGUUACUGUAAAAGGGGAUUUAGUAUCUCAUGAACUCUUGCAAUAUCUCAACGUUAUUAUUUAUUACAUAUGAUGAUUUGAAAUUUCAGUACAGAUUUUAAAUAGACCCAUGGAAGUUGGCACAAAUACUACUGUACUGCCCUUGAUAUUGCCUGGUGCCCAGUUCAGUGUGUACUCUGCCUCUCGCCUAAAGUCAGCUGGGAUCGGCUCCAGCACACCCGCAACCCUGGUGAGAAUAAGCAUAAAAUAUGCAAACACAAUCCUUAAUAAAUCAAUAUUUAAAAUGUUGAACUAUUUAACAUAAAAUGAAUCAUGAAGCUGCAUGGCUCGUCUGGUUGGUCUGUAAAGUAUAUCUGUUAUCACACACUCUCCUGGUCUCUUAGUCGUUUUCUCAUUUUGAGUUGUACAGGCAGGUGAGCCAAGGUGAUGAAAUAUUUGCGACUUGGAAAUGCAUACCCUCGGUAAAAUAAAUAAAUAAAAUUUAAAAAAUCCAACAUGUCGAUAAAGCAUGGCUUGUGCAACAUAUAAAUGGGCACGAAGUCUUUGGCAAUGUUUACUUCGAUUGACUCUGUAAUUGCCUUCAAACAGAAUCCUUUCUUGUCAUACAAAAAACAAUGGAAAAUGAUUCCGCUCAUGUUGUCUGUUAAUUCAUUAAUUGGGCAACAUUGACUGUGUUCUCUCUAUGCACCCAUGCUUUUUUUUUUAAGCAAACAAAAAGUAUAUAUAUAUCCUUUUUCACUCAAAAAGUUUUUUUUUUUAGAGAGAGAAAAAAAUCUGCCUGAGCAAAUACACUCUUAAUUCCCCAAAAUAAAUUGAGGAAGCAUAUUUGCUUGGUAUCUGGGGAUUGCUAUGUAUCGCUGCAAAAAAAGCCAGAUGAUAUCCCAUGGGAUAGAUUGUGGUACUCUACCCUUGUUUAGAAACGGUGGGGGGGGGUCACGUUACAUCUAUAAUGUUUCCACACUCUGGGGACUUUGAUCCAUCAGUACACACCCUGUCCGAAAUAUCCUGACCAUGAUGAGGUAACUGUGCUCAUAAAAUAAAGUGGCAGCUGUUUGCCACAGCGUGAACCACUCACUGUCAUUUUAGUGUCAGUUAUUAUAUUUUAGUAGUGAGGGCUCGUCAUUGAAGUCCAGAAAAUGAUGUUAAAUAUGUCCUAGGUCAUCAUUUGUGACUCCUUGUGAGCUGGGCCAUAAAGUGUAUUAUUGUACUUAUUAUUUUAAAAUAGUCACAUUCAUAUGCAUGUCAAAUUUUGAGAGCUUCUGUCCACUGACUUGGAUUGUUGGCCCAAAAGAAAUGAAAAUGACUGAGCAGAGUUUAUGCUGGCAUGUGACAAUGGUAAGUUUACAAGGAUAUCGCACAACUUCAUUUAGAACACACACACACACACACACACACACACAUGGCCGAGGGAGAAAGGGAGACUUUGAUUCAUCAUGUAGUGUGUGCAUGUCCAAAAAGAGUGUGUGUGUCAAGAUGAGAAGCAUGCAGUCAUUAGUGAGUUGUGCCCUUCUAGGGCUGUUCUAUUUCCACUUUUCUUUCCUUUGGGAUACAAAAUGAUUGUCGGUGGACAAUGAAACCUUCGCAGUGGCCUUGCCCAUGAUGAUGAUUACGCACUUGUGUUCUACUGUAUACUGUACUGUGCUGAACUUCCAUACCUUGUGUAAACCAACAACUAAGAGAAAGUUCAGCUCAUAUUGUCUAAAAUCUACCGACCCAGGUAAGCUAAUCGAUCCCAGACUCAAAUAAAUCUUAGAUUUACAUUUUUUAAAAAGAGCAGAUGUUUUUUUAAUUCAUUACUGACCAUAAUGGUUGAAGCCUGUUGUUACUGCAUUGUUAAUCUUUUUUUUUUUAAAUCAUCUUAAUUUCUUUCACAAAAUACUUUUCUUUUAAAGUAAUUUCAUCCACUCUGUACUUUAUUGAAUUCUCUGUUUAAAAAUUGUUGUGUUGCUUUCCAUUGCAAACAUUUUGUUUUCCUUUUUAAUCAGGAAAAAUAAAUAAAUACAUAAAAAAUAUAUAUAUAUAUUGAAUAGAAACCUGGUAUCUACAAAAAACCUCUCAAUAUACAUGUUACAUGAAAACUAUCCAUCCGUUCUCUGUACCUACUUAUCCUUCAGGUUACGGGCACAUCAGCAUAUUUGCUCAUUGUUUUAGAGAAAUUAUUUCCUUAUAGUGAGGUAUGUAGCAUCCAUUUUAGGCAACCAAAUAUGGUUCCAUAGCUUCUAAAGACAUACAAUAAACAUAGAAUGCUUACAAAUGCUAUUGUUCUAUUUUGGGAGCCACCAAAUAUGUGAUGACCUUUACUUGACUUCCACGCUUAAAUCAUUCUUUCCUCUUCAGAUCAGUGUAUCUUACUUCAGUGUUGACGUGCUUUUUGGCCACCCAGUGCUUCCUAUUGUACACAAUCAGUGUGCAGACAGGUUGGGGGAGGGGGGAGUGUGAUGCACUCUUGUGCCUAUUUGAGGGCCCCACUAAAAAUAGUACAGUAGCAGCCUGUGUACACGCAUGCUCUUGUUUGAUUGGAAAUCACAGCGCCUCAAGUCAGAGCUGUGGGGCAUCUGUCAAAGAGUAACAUCACCUCAUCCACGAACUUUUGCAUACUUUCAAAUGGGUUCACGGCGGACAACGUCACGCUCCCAAUCGGCCAAUGGAAGAGCCGGCCAAGGGAACGGAAUUGUUGGCAAUAGCCGGCCUGGAGGCUGCAGCUACAUUUCCAACGUCAGGCCAGAGAACAGGAGCACACUGUGCAGCGUGAUAGCUCAACUGACACAGGAAACACAGCCCACCUUUGUGACCACUCUCAAGUCCAGAGCUGUGUCAGAGAACUGCAACGUUAAGUUCUUCUGUGUGGUGACUGGUUAUCCUAUCCCUCAACUUACUUGGUAUAAGGAUGAUAAACAGUUGGACAGAUUCUGCGGCCUUCCUAAAUAUGAAAUAUUUCGCAACGGCCAAAACCAUUCCCUGCAUAUUUACGAUUGUACUCUGGAGGACGCAGCCAUCUACCAGGCAUCGGCCAGUAACAGCAAAGGUAUCGUGUCGUGCUCGGGGGUUCUGGAGGUGGGCGGAAUGAACGAGUACAAGAUCCACCAGCGCUACUUUGCCAAGCUCAAGCAGAAAGCGGAGGGCCGAGGCAAAGAGGCUGACGGCAAGGAGAACCAGGUGCCGUUUCGUACCAUCAGCCCGGAACGCUCGCAGAGGAAGCGGCGCUCCACCAUGGAGGCCUUCCUGCGUGCGCCCAGCUCCACAGAGAACAAGGUCACUGAGGAGUUAAUUCCAUCUGUUGGUGAGGAUUCAAAGGUGAGGUUGGAGGAACCUGCAGAGGAACUGGUUGAGGAGAGGCCGACACCCUUGACUAAGACUUCUGCAAAAACAAAUAAUGAAAGCGGAGUUGGAGGUGGCAUUGCCAAGACUCCCUUUGUCAAGAAAAAGAUCAAGAUUUGCCCCAGAGAUGAAAGGACGCCUGAGGAGAUGAGACAGGCCAGCGCGGAGGAGCUCAUGGAAGUGGAACGUUGCAGAAAGAUGGCAGAACAUCAAAACCGAGCACCUUUUGGAAAAUUGUCCAGGAAAAAAAGUUCAGAGGCGCUUCGUUCUCCAGAGGGAGUGAGGAAAGACAAGGAAAGUAACCGCAAACGUGAUGAGAAAGUGUUUGAGAAAAAUCCUCGCAUGUCCACCAGACUUCCGAGUGCCCCAGAAACUCAAAGGCCCUCAAGCCGAGUGAUGCAGCACAUGGCUGACUCUGGAGCAGUGGAUGGGAUCCUCCAGAGCAGGGCUGCGUUACCAGAGCAGACCUCAGAUCAGUCACCACAACAAGAAACGAAAGUGAGGCAAAGGAACACGUCCGUUCAUUGUGAGGUGACACAAGCCCCAACAUGGAUGAGUGGGAAUAAUGCACCUGUCAACCCAGAACCUCCGCCUGACCAGCGUUUGGCGGUGGCGAUCGCACGACCACAGCGGAAACCUCCACUGAAACAAGCGGCUACAAGAGAGGAUGCCCAACCCUUUUUUGUCACACCACAUGAAUCGUCGCUAUACAGACAGCAUCAUUCCAAGGGAUCAAGGCAAAACCACAUGGCCCCGCAAAAGUCGGAACUCGUUUCAUCUGCAGACAAGCAAAGCCAAGCCGGUUUAGUGGUAAAGUCUGUUGGAGGGCAGGAAGUACACCCUAAUAAAAAGGUAGAUGACAGUGAUGUUAGGAAGGCAGUAGUACCAAAUGAAAAGAUUGUUAAAAGGCUGACUGUAACCCCUGUUACACCAAAGGUUCAACAACCAGAGCACACAAGCGAUAAAGUACCUACUGUCACUAAUCCCAUUGUUGUGUCUAAUAAUGGCAAGAAAGAGUUUAGUUUAAAGGCCAACUCGCAGUUCCAGACUAAUAAACAGACUAAAGUUGAAACCGCUUGCCCACAUUCCCAAAAAACUCUCAGCUUAAAUGAGCAGCAGUACAGAAACAUCCAAGAAACCUCUAAACCUGUGUCCAGGGUUAUAUCUGUUGCAGAACUUAUGAGAGCCCAAAUAAUGGCUCUUGAUUCCGCGGAAUUAAGUCCCACUAAAGACAUCCCUAUAGACUUGGCAGCAUGUCCUGCUGCUGCAGACAAAUCUCAAAACCUUGGAAAUGAUCAAGGUAAAUCUACGGCUCAAGGAGGGAAGUCAGCACCUGAUGACAUACCAAAGAAUAGUGUUGGUCGAACCUCUCCAAAGGAACAUCUUGUACAGCAAAACCAUUUGGGAAAGAAUAAGACUUCUGAAAAGAAUCUUAGUCCCUGUCUUUCAUCUGUCAUUGAUCCCCUCAGCAUAGAAUGCAAUCGAGAUGUCACAGCCUUUCCCAAUGCAGGUUCUUCAAAUAACUUUACUUUUGUUCCGGUGAAUCCUAAGGAGGAGGCAACUCAAGGGAGGAAGUCAGCACCUGAUAGCAUAGCUAAGAAUCAUGUUGGCCAAACUUCUCCAAAGGAACAUCUUAAAAAGCAAAGUCAUCUCAGAAAGAAUAGUACUUUUCAAGAAAAUCCUAGUCCUUGUCCUUCCUGUGUCAUUGAUCCUCUUGGCACACAAUACAGUCAAGAUGUCACAGACAUUCCCCAUGCUGGAUCUUCAAAUACGUACCCUUCUGUUCCUGUGAAUCCUAAGGAGGAGGCAACUACAGGGAGGAAAUCAGUACCCGUUGGCAUACCUAAGAAUCAUGUUGAUCUAAUCUCUCAAGAGAAAACUCUUGUAAACCAAAGUCAAAUGGGAAAGAAUAGGACUUUGCAAGAAGAUCUUCAUCUUUGUCCCUCCUCUGUCGUUGAUCCUCUUAGCACACAAUGCAGUCAAGAUGUCACAGACAUUCCUCGUGUAGGUCCUUCAAAUAACUACCCUUCAGUUGCCGUGAAUACUAAGGAGGAGGCACCUCCAGGGAGGAAGUCAGUACCCGUUGGCAUACCUAAGAGUCACAUUGAUCAAAUCUCUCUCAACGAAACUCUUGUAAACCAAAGUCAUCUGGGAAAGAAUAAGACAUUUCAAGAAUAUCCUAGACCUUGUCCUUCCGCUGUCAUCGAUCCCUUUAGCAUAGAAUGCCAUGGAGACGUAACAGAGAUUGCCCAUGCAGGUUACUUAAAUAACUAUACUUCUGGUCCCAUGCAUCCUGAAGAGAAAGCAACUCAAGGGAGGAAGUCAGUCCCUGAUAGCAUGCCUAAGAAUUGUAUUCAACAAACCUCUCCAAAGGAACAGCUUAUAAAGCAAAGUCAGACUUUUCAAGAAGAUACUCGUCCCUGUCCUUCAUCUGUUGUUGUUUCCCUUAGCUUAGAAUGCAAUCGAGAUCUAAAGGCCAUUCCCCUUGCAGGUUCUCAAAAUUACUACCCUUCUGUUCCCGUUAUUCCUAAGGAGGAAGUAAUUCAAAGGCAUACAUCAAGAACCAAAACUGUUUGGACCCAAGGUAAAAACUUGGGACAAGUGGAAAAGUUCUUACCAGAUAUUAAAUUCAACACUGAAACGCAACACGGAACUACUGGAAACAUUUCUCAAACACUACAAGUUGAACACAAUCUAACCAAUUCUUCACUGGAGGUGCUGAGAUUGCCCAGUGUCCUUCGUGCAGAUACACAAGAAAACACCCUUUGUUUCCAAGGGCAGUCGAUGGUUGAAGACAUUCAAGGGAAUAAUAUAUUACCAAAUUCAAGUCCCGAAGCAACUCUAUUACCAAAUUCAAGUCCCGAAGCAACUCCAUUAAUUCAGAAAAGAGAUUUUGAUUCUUAUCUUUCUUCUGCAACUCCUCGAGAAUUGGCCUCAGGGGCCCGUCCUAAGAUCCUUUCUUCCAAGGACAAACCUGAGGAGACCAAAUUACCACCUUAUCCCCAUCCUGAGAAGCAAGAGGUUUCUCCACCAGACAGCACACUUUCCACCAGUCCUCUGUCAAUCUUAUCAUCUCCAAAGUGUUCACGACAGUCACCUCCUCUUCUUCAGCCCAACGACGAAAGAAAUUCUCCUGUAGAGAAGCGAUCGUCAAUAGUGGGAAGAAAAAAGAUAACCGCUGUGACAAAGGCAUCAAGCCAACCACCAGAUGAGAACAUCCAAAGUGAGAAAAGUGAGAAGGACAGAUGGGACCCAUGCAAAGCUCCUCAAGUUAUCCGUAAGAUCCGCAGUGAAAGCUUUCCGGAUGCCUCAGGACACCUAAAAUUAUGGUGCCAGUUUUUCAAUAUUCUCACCGACUCGACCAUUGCUUGGUACAGAAAUCAACUGGAGAUCGCCCAGAUUAAGAGAAGUGCGGCAGAUGAAAGCCAGGUCAAUCUGGCCGUGAUUCAAGCAUCAAGCAAAGACUCUGGUGUUUACAAAUGCACUAUCACAAAUGACUAUGGGAGCGACUCCACUGACUUUCUGCUUGGUCCAGACACUUUAUCAGGGAUUUCGCUCCGUGAGGACCAUGGUGUUGGAGAAGAGAUAGAAAUGGCACCCCUGAUGUUCAGCAAGGGCGUGGCUGACAGCAGUGUCUGGGGCAACAAAUUGUUUGGUCGUGUAAUGGUGCACAAAUGCUGUAUCAGCGAAGGCUGUGCCCACAAGGUCUGGAGGGCUAAAGUCAUCUACGGCCUGGAGCCUGUGUUUGAGUCUGGUCACACGUGUAUCAUCAAAGCACAACGCCACAUCGCUUAUGGCGGCAAGGAGGAACAUUGCCUCACGGACAGGAAUUUGGACUUUGUCAAGGAGAACUGUAAGAUUCAGAAUCUGGCUCGUGCAUACUGCAAAAUAUUUUCUGCGGAGACGAGAGUUACCGAGAACUUUGGGCCUCCUCUCGAGGUCAUCCCAGUCUACUUGAUGUACCGGCCAGCAAACACAAUCCCCUAUGCCACGGUGGAGGCUGACCUGGUAGGAGUCUAUCAGAAAUAUGUAGUGAUUGACCAUAUGGGGAGGAUCGAGAUGAGAAUGGCCUCUGAGGUGGAGCUCAAGUGUUGCGCACUGCAGCACUGGAUCUUUCAAUGGACUCACGGAAAUCUGCUCAUCACUCGGCUCGAAGGUGUUGAUACAAAGAUCACCAACAUUGGAAUUACAGUCAAAUCUACUGGACAUCAAGGUCUCCAAAUGGAAGGCAAGCCUGAAGUGUUGGAGGGUUUUGUCUCACAGCACCAGUGUAACUACUUCUGCGGUCUGCUGGGCCUGAGAUCGCUCAAGCUUUUGGACUCUUUAACCGCGCCGGCCAAGACAAAAGGCUCCAGGAGCCCAUCACUGCAGCGCAAGAGUCAGGCUUCUGGAUCCUGCAGCCCGCAGACUAGCAGGAGAGCAGCAAACAGCCCCCGGGUGCCCAGGAAGGCUGAGCAAGAUGCCACAAAGAACCUGAAGGACGCUGUUGAAGUCUCAUUGUGAGGCAUUACAGAUCAUGAGUUUACCAGUAACCAUUCCUUGCCUUUAUGUAGAUUUAAGCCUUCAUUUUUCAUUGCACAUGUCCACUAUAUUAAGGGGUUAUACCUAUUUAAAUUAGUGAAUCAAUUUACUAGACCCUUUUAUCCAACAUGAAUCUUCAUCUUACCAAGACAUGAUUCCAACUUUUUGCACUGCCCUUUUCUGUCUGCAGUGGAUAAAGCAAGGUUGGAUGAGUUUAAUGUGGGAGAACCUGACCUCAAACCCAUCCAACACCUUUGUAAUAAACUAGCCCAGAGAUUUUAAACAUCUUGUAGAAAGUCCUCCCAGAAGAAGCCCAUAUUUUCACUUCCUUUAUGUACAGGUGUCCCGUCGGCUUAAGCGGGGUACAUACUGUAGCUAAAUAUAUAUGUUUUUAUUUUAACGUGACAGACCCACACAUGACAUUAAAUUGCCAACCUAUUAUAGAGUGUGAGAGUUUUUACCCUAACCAGAAGGCUCAAACAUAACGUAGUACCGACUGACCUACUAGAGCCAGCAGUGUGACGCAGGGACUGCAGACUGCUGGAAAUUACAAAGAAUAAUUACUAGAAGUAGUAAUAGUAUCGUUGCAUUCCACGUGAGAACCACAGAGUAAAAUGGCUUGUACAGUGGUACCUCGAUUUAAUGGACUUAUCGGUGCUAAGGGUCAUCUGUUAAAGAUGUUAAUCGGUUAUUUUGAAGCACUUUUUUUGUGGCCUAAAAACACCCAGUACCGUACAAAAUUAUUGUUUUCUACUUUUUUGUGGCCUAAAAACACCCAGUAGAGUAAAAAAUUAUUGUAAAUAAAUGUAAAAAAAAAAAAAAAAAAAAAAAAGCUUGAAAAUGUUUAAAAAGUUUUUAAGGAUUUUCUAAACUGACCUUUAAUCAUUGCUGUGAAAAGUAAGUAAAGUUAAUCCAAAUACUGGUGCUUGGGACGGGUGAUAAUGGUGUGCUGGUGGGAGAAAGUUGUCGUGGUAGCGAGUCAAGGGUCGCUUUCAUGAGGUUAGCACGCUUCCUUUUCCCAGCCCUGUUACGACUUAAUAGAAUAAAAAAGGGCUUGACAAAAAGCAACUGUAUAAUGUACCAAAAUCAGCAUGUUCGAGAGAUGUGUACACGAUGAGUGCCCAAGUAAACAAGAGCCAUAGAUAUGAAUAAAUAGAUACGACACGUCCCUUUUGAGCUGCAUGCCUACGGCGACGCUAAGCUAAUGUCCAAGGGUUGCCUUUGAUGGAAACGUCGCCCCUGCCUACAUGGCCCCCACUUGGAAUGUCGGUUAGCCUGGCCGUGUAUCUAGUCUUCAUAUUUGUAACAAAAGCGGCUCAACCCAGAAAUACAGGUAAGGUACUAGUUUCUGCCUGUCUAUUGUCCCAGUGAACAAAAGUGGUCAAUUCUGGAACGAACAGACUUUGUCCGUUACAAAGGGGCAUUUUGAGUUCCAGGUCCGUUAAAGUAGAAGUCUGUUGGUAUAUUCGCUUUGGAUUAAAAAAAAAAUUCAUAAAUGUUGAACAUGUUUUGCAUCAUGAGCAUAAAGUGAACAUUUGAACCGCAAGAAGCAAACCAAGCGGACAUGUAAACGUGGUCACAUGACACAGAUGUACAGUGACAUACAUAUUUUAUAUUAUAACCACAUCAUGCUAAAUGUGACUGGUACUAAAAUAAAAUAAAGCUGUGUGUAUAA